AUGAGACAGUCGGGCAGGCUUACGGGCCUCGGGCGGCUCUUUUCGAGGCCGCUCACCACUUCCGCCUCACAGGCACCCUUCAGAAGCGCAGCUGCCGGUAUCGGGUGUCAAGAGAGAGAGCUUUUGGGGCUAAGAAGGGCUACUUUGCCGUGUACGAGAUUAUCCGGCGUCAAAUCCGUUGGCUCGGAGCGGUGGUACAGUAGCAAAAAGCCGGUUUUCGAGGCGGGCGAAGCUCCGUCGUUUGCAUUCGCUUUUGACAUCGACGGCGUUCUGUUGCACGUGGCCAAGCCGAUUCCCGGGGCCACCGAAUCGCUCCAGUACCUCAAUGACAACAACAUCCCUUUCAUUCUCUUAACUAACGGUGGAGGCAAGCCCGAGGCCGUUCGGGUGAAGGAUCUGAGCGAUAAGCUCGGGGUCAAGCUCUCGGUGGACAACUUUGUCCAGUCUCACACUCCCUUCCAGGAGCUAGUGCAGGGGCCGGAGGGCUUAGGCGACAAGACCAUCUUCCUGACGGGGGCCGAUGCGAAGAAGUGUCGAGAGAUUGCCAAGUUGUACGGUUUCAAGAACGUGGUGACGCCGGCGGACAUCAUCCACGCCCACCCCGAAGUCUUCCCCUUUGAGCUGCUGAAGAAGUCAGUCUACGCCGAGACACAUGAGCCCUUGCCCAAACCCAUCCACGACGGUACCGUAGCGGACGCGGACGCGCUCAAGAUCGAUGCCAUGUUCGUCUUCAACGACCCGCGCGACUGGGCGCUCGACAUUCAAAUCAUCACGGACCUGCUCCUGUCGCGUGACGGCCUGCUGGGGACGUACUCGCCCAAGAACGGGGAUGCGUCGCUGCCCAACGGCGGAUGGCAGCAGGACGGGCAGCCGCCGCUCAUCUUCUCCAACGCGGACCUGUUCUGGUCGACGACGUACCACCAGCCGCGGUUCGGACAGGGGGCGUUCCAGGCGGCGGUGGCGGGGGUAUGGAAGGAGGUCACGGGGGGUACGGCGGAGCUGCGGAGGACGGUAUUUGGCAAGCCGUUUGCGACGACGUAUCAGUACGCGGAGCGCGUGCUCGAAGCCCACCGUCGGGCGCUGCUGGGCAAGAGCGGCGGCGGAGCCGCGCCGCCACCGCCGCUGAAGACGGUGUACAUGGUGGGAGACAACCCGGAGAGCGACAUCCGGGGUGCGAAUGAUUACAGCAACGAGGAGACGGAGUGGGCUUCGGUGUUGGUCAAGACGGGGGUUUGGAGCCAGGAGAGGGGCGCGCCCACGCACAAGCCCAAGAUGAUUGUGGACGAUGUCAAGGCGGCGGUUGAGUGGGCGUUGCAGAGGGAGGGACGGUCGACCAAGAUUUAG